AUGCUGGGGGACUUGUCUCAGAAUCGACUCUCUCCGCCUGUAACGCCUGCUGCCGCUGUGUCUUUAUCCGUUUCGAAGGGUCCACAGGCUUCAGUUUUAGGGCAGUCGAACGCUGUUUCAAAAAACAUUUCUGCAUAUUUCGUUUCGACUUCUAUCAAACCUUCAGAUGGACGGGCUUUGACUUGGUUUAAGCUUGCGAAAGAGGUUGCUCGGGAUGUUGUGGCGCUUCAUGCACCUAAGAACACGGACGAUUGCUGGUUUGUUAGGGUUGCCGCCGGAGAAUCCUCAGGGUAUCGAUACUACACCAUUUGUACGCUGGGUCUCGCACACUGCCUGUUGGGUUCGAAAUCGCACACAUAUGCCGCCGGGGUCGAACCGAUCGAAAUCGAGAUGUCACCUGGGUCUGCAUAA